UCUGGGAGUGGCCUUCACCAAGGGUCACUGCAGAAAUGAAAGUGAAACGAAAUGAAAGUGCUUCCGAUCACACAGUUCAUCCUGUUCAGAAUAGUAACUUGCACAGCGUGGAAAACAGCAGACAAGACCAGAGAAUGGGAGACACUGUCCGGAAAGAAGAUGCUUUAGGGAACCUGAUGGCGAAAAUACUGAAAAGCCUGGAAACAUCAUCUAUAAAAGCAGUUACAUCAAAAAAAUGUGAGGCAAAGCGGCCUGAUGACCUGUUCCGACCUCCACGUAGGGAAGUCACACAGCCAGGGAGCAAACAGAGGGACAGGCUGUCACAACAGUGUGAGGAACAUAAACUCACUAUGUGCACGACCAAUUUGCCUCUAAAGCUUAAACCCACACAUCAGCCACCCUACAAUCACUCACUGGUUCAAAUCCUGAGAUUGAUUGGCCCUGACAACAGGGUGCAGUCCAGAGCUGUAAAGUUGGAUGGACUGAUUAAAAAAAACGUAAGAAAGAGAGUUAUGAUCCCUGAGGAUUUAAUAGCAUUCAUUAGAUCCAGUGGUGCCAUCUCCAAGUAUCAGACUGACUUCCAGAGCUUCAGAAAUCCCGUUUUCCUAGAGUUGGGAUCACACCUUCUUCUGUCCAGUUUGUCGUCUGAUGCCUUGGAUGAGGCUCUGGCAGUAGUGUUGAGAGAUCUGAGCGUGGAGAUUGUAAAGCUGCUCAGUGCUGCAGCUGUACCUUCAUAUCUUGACAGAGUGAAAGAGAUCCUCAACAAAGCCAAGAAUGAAGAAAACAGUCGUGAACUUAGAGUGGACGUGAGCUUCAUCUCAGGAACAGGAACCUCAGUGACCAAGGUUCGACUGGUGGGCUACAGAGAAAAUGUGAACAAGCUCAAAGAGGUGCUUCAUGACUACCAGAUCAAUCAGAUUCCCACUCAGGAAGUUCUCAUCCUACCACAUCCUGAAAUGGCUGAUUGUUUUGAUGAGAUCUUAGAUCUGACUGGCAUGAAGCAGACCAAGGUGACAUUAAGAGCCUCACAUUCUCCUCAUCCUUGUGUGCUUGUGUCUGGUCCUUGCUGUCAUGUUCAGGAGGCCAAGCAGGCCCUAACUUCAAGUCUAGCCAAUCUGACAUCAGACACAUUGAUUCUAGAUGGAGGCCAAGCUCUGCACUUUUUCCAGACAGAGGGUAAAGUGGCUAAAGAGUUGGUAGAGAGCUCAAAUCAAGUCCUUAUCAGGGAAAAGAAAGGUAACAUGAGGACUAGAUCACAAUACUCCAACAGCCACAGAGUUCUCAGGCAUUCAUUCCUUGGAUGGUCCCAGACUCUUUGGAAAAACAACAGAAUAAACCUGAAGAUUGGUCUUGGAAGUUUAGUGGAUGAGCAGGUGGAUGUGUUGGUGGUGCCCAUGCUCAAGAAGAUGCUAACGUCUACGGAAAUUGGGAAAUGUUUACUGAAUAAAGCAGGAAAUGCAAUGAGGAGCAAUUUUAACCUGAUGGCAGCGAAAUGUACUCCCGCUGCCGGUGAUGUUCUGCAGGUCGAUGCUCCCACAUCUCUCAGCUGCUCCAAGGUUUUCUUCAUUGAAUGUCUGCCAUGGGAUGGAAUCAGAGGAUUGAGUGUGCAGGCUCUUGGCAACGGACUAAAGAAGUGUUUGGACCUCUGUCUACAGCAAGGCUGGUCCUCUGUGGCCUUGCCACUCAGUGGACCUGAUGGGGCUUUGAAAUACCCAUAUAGAAAUGCUUCUCAAGUGUUGGUCGACAGGAUUUGCCAAGUUGGGUCUUCAGCUUCCUCCGGGUCUCUCUCCACUAUUCAUAUCAUCAUUAAACCAGAUCCUGGCGCUGAGAAUUGGUACCAUGACGUCUACAGUCACCUCAACGUGAACAUGAACCAAGGAGGGCAAGCCAUCUUCGGGUCCCUCACCAGUGAUCUUGAUGACUUCACUGUGACAGUGGGAGGCCGGGUUAAGCUACAGGUGGUGUUUGGCGACAUCACUAAUGAGACCACAGACGCUGUGGUGAACUCAACCACAGAUGGCGUGUGCAAAGACAUCUUAUCCAAGGCUGGACCUCAAGUGGAAGGGAUUCUGAAAAUGGCUAACGUGAAUCAGGGAGUUGUUUUCAAAACCCCACCUGGAUCAUUUCCUUGUAAAGCCAUUUUACAUGUGUGUGGAGAAAGGAAUAAAGGCAUCAUUGAACUGUUGGUGUACAACAUCAUUCAACGCUGUGAGGCUUCUGGAUACAAGUCUGUGGCCAUCCCUGCCAUCUGUGCUGGUGCUGGUGGGCUUGACCCUGGUCUUGUGGCACAUGCCAUCCUCCAAGGGAUCAAGACGUCCAUAUCAUCGAGGCCCCAUCUUUGUCUUACCAGCAUUCGUCUUGUACUGAUUAAGAUCAAUGUUUUUUUAGCUUUCAAACAUCAAGCAAUGCAGAUGUUUGCACCUGCAGAAAUCAACAAAGUGUCAGAUCUUCGGUUGCCACCUGUGACACAACAGCCCUCAGUGUCCUCAGUGUCUACUUACACAGGCCUAAACAUCUUCCCUCCUAGUUCUACUAGUCAGCGGUCCGCCUUCCUGUUCCUGGGUCUUUGCAGAGAGAAUGUUGAUGAUGCCAUGACAAAGCUGAAGAAUCUAUAUCAGUCUCACUGCUCCACAAAAACCUUCACAAAGGAGGACCUGGCAGACCUCAACCAGAGUGACAUGAAGGAGCUGAAGCAGAUGGUGGAGACCCAGGGUUUAUACAUGCAGGUAGACCAUCCCAAUAUGGGAGACUUGACGGUGAGAGGGUUAAAAGAUGGGGUCAGCAAGGUGGUGCAGAUACUUGAGACCAAGGCUCUCCUUAGAAGAGAAAGGAGAGUCUGGGAGGAGGACGAGUUGUACACUCGUGUGUCUUGGUGCAUCCUGGGAAGUGAUCACAGCUGGAAAAGACUCCCCAAAACAGCCAGUCACAACUUGGAAAAUAGUAAUGUCAUGAAAGGAAUAGUGGAUGCUGAAGGAAUUUCAUGGAGUGUAGACCUGCAAAAGAUGGAGGCCAAAAGCCUACUAACUAGACAGAGAACGCAGCUGAAACGACUUGAGAAUCGGCCAGAUUUCUCUCUUCCACUGUACUGGGACAAUAUGGCUCCUGGUGAGAAGUUGAAAGUAGUUGCACUGCAUCCUUCCUCUCCAGACUACAGCAAAAUAUCCAUGGCCUUCAAACAAACUGUCAACAAGAGUAUAUUGAAGAUUGAGCGUGUGCAGAAUAUCCGCCUGCUCCAAAUCUAUGAAGCGCAGAAAAAGCACAUUUCUGAAAAGGACAUACAUGGAAGAGGGGCAGGGGAAAAGCUUCUGUACCAUGGGACGAGCAAAGACAACUGUGACUCCAUCAUAAAUAAUGGAUUCAACAGGAGUUUCUCUGGAAGAAAUGCAAAUGCAUAUGGUCAUGGAACCUAUUUUGCUGUAAAUGCCAGCUACUCAGCGCAUACCACCUACGCCACACCAGCUGCAGAUGGAUCUCAGACCAUGUUUGUGGCCCAAGUUCUAACUGGCACCUACACCCAGGGUAACGGCAACAUGAGGGUGCCUCCACCUCGCAACAGCCAGAAGCUCCAUGACCUUUAUGACAGCGUGGUGGACCAAACACAUAACCCAAGCAUUUAUGUCAUCUUCAGUGAUAACCAAGCUUACCCUGCCUAUCUCAUCACCUUCUGUUAGUUCUUUCCUGCAGAAGACUACUUCUUCUGAUCUGACUUAGUACAUGAACACGUAUAAUGUCUCACUGAGGAGCUAACCAAACAGGUAUUCACUGGGGAAAACACAGCUCAGUCUGUCUGCUGUCAAACAAGUUCUGACACACUCUGCCAGCAGGCUGAGACAAAAAUAGCUGAGGGGAAUCCGAUCAGAGUUGGAUCCACGUGGGUGGAGCUUCAAAUGUAGGCCUACAUGACUUGAAAUAACCAGAGCAUAGAGAAGUGGAAACAUGCCCCGAAGGGCAUGAGAUGGUGUUGACUCACUACACUGUCAAGUACUCAUAAUUGUCACCAGUCAGAUGGAAACAAUGUUCAUCAUUCAUGUUGGUUAAGUUGGAUUAGCCAGUUUAGAGUAAACUCUGGUCUGCUGAGAUAAAGUAUUCUCUUAAAAAAAAAAAAUCUUUUAUUUUUGUCUGCUAUGAGGGUGGCUUAAUGCAAUUUUUAGAUGUAAACUGUAAAAAUUUGCUCCUUUGUUUUAGAUAUGUUUGUUUGUUUGUGGUUUGUCCGCAGUUGAAAUUAUAUGUAAAAAUGUGUUAUAUAUUAUGGAAAAUCACAACAGAUUUUGUAAAAUGUUAAUUAAAAAAAAACUAAUAAAUGCAACAUAUGAAGGAGGAUCAUUUUCUUCAACAAUAAAACUCUAAAAGGUUGAGGUUGUUGUGAAGGUCUCAACUAUACGGAAAACAAUAAACGACAAUAAGGAAACGUUCAAGACGACUGCCAGUUAACACUGACUCAUGUACACAUCUCUAGUCAAUGCAAGGUCACUAAAUUAUGUCAGUACUUUUCCCAUUUGUCUAUUGGAAAAUAAAUGAGUAACCAGAAAGCUAAAUAGCAUGUAAUUUCAAAUGAAUAGCUCACGGUGAUGCACACACAGAGUUAUCAGCCGAUUCUGUUGCUCUGCUUCACUUUCUGGCCUCUUUAAGCUAGUUUUUUUUUUUUCUUUUGGCAUAUUUGUUGAUCUACA